AUGAAGGUGCUCUUCCUACGCCUCGGCUUCUCUGGUGUCGCGGAUUUGAAGAUCCGCCGCUCCGAGUGGGGCGGGGCCCUGGUCGCGCCGCGGAGGUCCGGGUCGCUGUCGGCACGCAUCAGCGCCGCGCUGUCCGGUGGCCUGGUGUUGGCGCCGCCGGCGGUGGAGGAGAAGGUGGAGGUCAACUCCGCCAUAUUCCCCAAGGGCCCGCCGGUGCCACUCCCGGUUCAGAAGAUGGCCACGCACAUCGACACCACCGAGGUGAGCAGGGGCCCCGACGACCUGCCGGGCUACUGGGUUGUCACCGGCGCCAAGCUCUGCAUGGAAGGCGGCAAGGUCGCCCUCAAGGUCAAGUACUCGUUGCUCAUCGCAGUGCAAGAGGACCCUGAAGGACACUGACGCUUUGAGGCCUCCAUUGCCAUCGUCCACGCCUCAACUCUGUCUGUCUGUUGUGUUGCCGCGGUGUAAAGUUCAGUUGUGGGCAACUACGUUGUACAGAAUACAGUGUGCCCAGAGGCUGAUGUUUUUUGGUUUGUUCACUUAGUUCUUGCAAAUCUAGGAACAGUUUAGGUUUAGAUAUAAUACAGAGAAAUUACCUGA